CACACUUUGAGAUAUUUAACGACGCCUCUAAUAGCUACGGAAAAGGCGGUUGCGUUUGAUUUUAAGGACGGAAAUGGGAAAAAAUUGAGCGCAAUUUACAUGAUAUAGGGCAAGUCUCAAUGAGAUUUUAAUUUCAAGACCCACUUAUGUCAGACGUAAAUAACCCAGGCAUUCAGCGACCGAUCGAGUAGAGCAAGAACGCUCAGAGACGAGAGGACAGGUGGUAUCUUAAUAUAUUAAAAUUGAAAAUAAUAUAUUAUACAAUAUUACUGUUGGAAGACGCGGGUCUUCGGGAUAUUAAUUCCGAGACGUAUUAAUUGGAACAGAGUUAAAGCCCGUGAGCGGAGCAUAACAUUGUGCCUCGUAUUAUACGGUUUGCGAAAUUGGCCGGCUCGCCGCUUUGGGAUUAUAUUGAUAACACACAGUGAUAAUAUCUCAAAAGGAAAAGAAUCGAUAUUCACAUUUUGUAGCUGUUUAAAUAGAUGAAAGCAAAGAUCUCGGAUAUAUGUAUUUUACAGAUUGGCGCUUUUUGGAACGACUAUAUGCGAUGAUUGAGAACUGAACGUAUUUAUACAAACUCAUUGGCGAGUUCUCUGAACAAAAAUCUGCGAUAUUUGAAUAAAUCAGGUCAAGCAUUUGGCAGAGCCGGUUUGGAUUCAUUCCUAUAUAUAGCGAUAUACUUGAAUUGGAUCGAAUAACGGCGUUCAAUUUGACUGUAAGACGAUAUCUAGGAACUGACUAAACUGUUUUGGUUUUGUUACAUUUUAUCCACGAACUUGAUUGUGUGAAAUUGGCAAGCGACGCGCCAAAUCACAUGUAACAAUUGUAAACAGAAAUAAACUGUCCUUGCACUUGUGUGUGUUCGUCCGCGGGCAAUUUGUUCACUACAGUGUGGUACUGCUUCACGAUUUCGUGGGCGAAAAAUAUUUAUAACCCAAGUUGAAUUUGAUCGAUAAACAUAGCUAUAUCACAGAUUUUAUUUCAUACAGUUUACCUAACACAGACUGCUGGAUAAUAUCUCUGCUUGCGAUAAAGUAUUGUGUAAACUUAAAGUGGGAUAUUGGCACAUGCAUAAAGUAAAAAACCUUUGGUUCUCGUUUCCGAUUGGGCGAAAUUUUCAUUGAUUACAUACUAUCAUACGGUAAGGUGAAUAUAUCAUAUCGUAUCUUUGUGACGUAGACAUUGAAAUGAAGUGUUGAAGUGGGAAGUUUUUGAAUAUAUUGGAAUAUAUACUGGAUCGACCUUGGCGGAGCGUUCACUCGCAUAUAACAAAAAUAGUUGUGACUCGGAGACGAUUUUAGCGAGUUUAAACGAGUCGAUUCGAGUUGGCUUUUAAAACUGCAGUUGUAUUAUCAUCAAAGGUCACGUUUGAAAGAAAAAAGGAUAUCGAUCUGACUGCCAAAGCCAACCAAAGAUUAUACUGUGUCUUUCAAGUGGUAAAUCGUCCAUUUGCGAUUCAAAGAUAAAAGAAACCGGCGAACAUUCAGUUUUCGCGGAAUGAAAGCUCUUCGACGUAUAUUUUUACUCUGAAUAGUAAAAGACUCUUUGGAAAAAACUAUUUGGAUUCUAAGACUUAAAUCUUUGCAUUUUUACGCGCAGAAACAUUUGAUCGAGCAAGUGCUUGUCUGCUGGUAUAGUGUGCAAGACUCAGAGGGUAAUCCUUUCCAGUUAAAUGACAAACUCAUUGACAAUGGACAACAUAAGCCGCGAUAAUCACAGCCACUCUUCGAAAUCUACUGACCACUUCGUAUUUUUCUUGUCAGUUUGCCUUGUGGUCAUCGAAAUAUUGGGACUGUCAUGUAAUGGCAUAAUUCUUGCGGUUUACUAUAAAUAUUCGCGAUUACGUACGGCUACAAAUUUGUUCAUAUUGAACCUGGCUCUUUGUAACCUUCUCUUGGCCUUUCUUCAGCUAAUGCUGUCCUCUCCAUCGUUUUUCAAAGAAGAAUGGCUGUACGGUUAUGAUGGCUGUAUCGCGUAUGGAUUUCUGCAUCAAUACUUGAUAUCCGUCGCUGUGGUAACAUUGGGUUUGAUAGCUUUCGACCGCUUCUGUGUCAUUACCAAACCAGUGCACAAACUCAAAACGUUUAUCAUUACAAAACCUCGCGCAAAAUUGUUUAUAUUGCUAAUACAUUUAUACUCGUUGGUGUUUACCUUUCCAUUGUUGGUAGGCUGGGGUGAACUCGUACCAGACUCUCGAUACAACACGGGCUGUUACAUUCAUUACUCCGAACAGAGUCCGAGUUCGCUGGCCUACACAGUUACAUCGACAUUAUUCGCGUGUGUUCUUCCCUUUGUUGUGACCGCGUGUUGCUACGCGAAGAUCUACAAGUCCGUGCGCAAAAGCUCACGGAGAUGUACGCUGUACAAAAGUAACCGCAGUUCGAUUUACAAAGAGUCAUGCGCAAGACGAAAAUCUUUGUACCACACAAAGACCGCGAGAAUGAUUUCCAUCGUGAUGUUCUUCUUUCUGCUCACGUGGUUGCCGACGAGAAUUGUCGAAUUGCUUACGGCGUUCGGGUGCCCUGUGCCGCCGCUGGCCGCAUACGUUUGCAUGUUCCUAACGAAGUCGUGCGUGAUGUAUAACGCGGUCGUGUACGUGUUCCUGAAUCAUCGUUUUCGUGCUGCGUUCUUGCACAUGACGUUCGUGUUUCGCGACGACAGUCGACCGCGUUUCAACACGAGCGCUACAACGAAUGCAAGUAUGCGAAAUCUCGGAGAGAUUUUCGCGACUUCCGCUGGCGAGACUAAGAAGACAUCGCGGGCUCUGUCGCGAAAAACGUUGUCUCAGCUCUGCUUCGUCUCUGCCGUAGAGAUGCCAGAAUAUUCCUCCAACGUGGACUUGUCGCGAAUGUCUCGGAAUCCGACGAUCACUCGUCGUGAGGAAUCGCCUCAUAAUCGUAAAUCUUCGUGUUCAGAUCGCGAUUCGGCGCUAAACGACCGUGAACUAUCGGGCAUUUCGCGUGGAAAUCCAAAGGAACACGAAGGCUCCCGCGUGGAGUCUGAAGCAUGGGAAAAGGAUUAUGGGAAUGGGGCUUAUUUGAAUCGCGGGCUCGAUGAGGAGGAACCAGAGAGUGGGGUUGAAAAUGAUAGGGUAGGGUCACGCUUACCCUCUGUGGGGGAAGAAACAAAUGAAGCGGACAGCGGAAUAGCGGAGGCAAGCAAUGAGACAUGCUUAACGGCCGUAGAACUACACUCGAUGUCUGAUUCAAAUCCUCAGCACAUUAGCCCAAACAAUGACUCGCAGAUCUCAAGUGAUGCCUUUGAGAAGGGUAAAAUUGACUAUAGCUUCAAUAAUCCAGGGUUAUUCCAAGACGAUGAACGCUCCUCCGGGAAAUCUGAGGAACGUUUUGAGAAUUUUUUAAAACUGGAUAUUAACUCGUUGGAGGACAUGAUUUAGGCUGCUCGUCAUUACCAAAAAUAUAUGCGUUAUGUGUGUUAAAUAUUAAAGAAAAAUGUGUGUAUAUAAUUUGAAUAUUUUUAAAAAUAG